AUCAUGUACCCCUAAGGGAAGUAAGUUGGCGGUGACCGUAGAUGACGGAUGACAGAGCCUGUCAGCCUUGGCAGGUGCGUCUUCAGUUCACCUCACACUUUGGGCUCCUCAGAAGGAAGGGCUGGAGCCCUCGCCCACUGUUAGGACAAUGAUGAUCAGGCUGCUCUUGGCUCUCAACUUAUUUCCCUCAUUUCAAGUAACAGGAAACAAGAUUUUGGUGAAGCAGUCACCCAUGCUUGUGGUGUAUAACAAUUUGGUCAACCUUAGCUGCAAGUAUACCUAUAACCUCUUCUCAAAGGAGUUCCGGGCCUCCCUGUAUAAAGGAGUCGACAGUGCCGUGGAAGUCUGUGUUGUGUAUGGGAAUUACUCCCAUCAGCUUCAGUUUCACUCAAACACGGGGUUCAACUGUGAUGGGAAAUUGGGCAACGAAUCAGUGACAUUCUACCUCCGGGAUUUGUACGUUAACCAAACAGAUAUUUACUUCUGCAAAAUCGAGGUCAUGUAUCCUCCUCCUUACCUAGACAACGAGAAGAGCAAUGGAACCAUUAUCCAUGUGAAAGAGAAAUAUUUUUGUCCAGAACCCCAAUUUCCUGAGUCUUCUAAGCCCUUCUGGGCACUGGUGGUGGUCGGUGGAAUCCUGGCUUUCUAUAGCUUGCUGGUGACAGUGGCCCUUUGCACUUGCUGGAUGAGGAGUAGGAGGAGCAGGCUCCUUCAGAGUGACUACAUGAACAUGACUCCGCGGCGGCCCGGGCCCACCCGCAAACACUACCAGCCCUACGCCCCGGCCCGCGACUUUGCGGCCUACCGCUCCUGACACGGACGCCUAUCCAGAAGCCCGCCGGCUGGCACCCCCCACCUGCUCAACGCCACUGCUCUGGAUAGGAAAGGACCGCCUCAUCGUCAGCCGGCCACCUCGGGCCCCUGUGAGGCCACCAAUGCCAAGUGUUCUUGAGCGACUGGACCAAAUGUCAAGACCAUUUGGAAACUCUGAAAUGAAGUUGAAGACAUUUCCUGUGGCAGGGCAGGUCUUGCAGUGCCACAACCCAGGUUCAAACUUACCACGUAUUAUUGGCUUGACUGAGAAGCCAGGGUAGAAAACACAAAGUGAGUGGAUUCUGUUAGCCUUGAAAUCUGCUUCCAAACUGCUGGCUGAGCCUGUUUCCUUUCCCACUCAUCUGCACAUCUCAGUCUAGCAAAGUGUGAUAUCCACGGACGUUUUACACGGAGAAGUAAGGCCAGAAAAUCAUUCCUUUUGGUUAAAUGGGUGUUUAGGGUGGGAACAGCUUAGAGUAGGGGGAGGGGGAGGGAGACUUGAGUAUUUUAAAAACCAUUAAAACACUGUCUCCUUCUCAUGAAAUGAGCCAUUUAGUUCCUAUUUAAUGUUUUCCUUUUAGUUUAGAAGGAUGUAUAGACAUUGUCUUUGAGGAAUUUUGACCAUAUUUAGUUAUUCUGAGCGAUGGAAUCCCCUCAAAGUAAUACCAGGCAAAUCGACUUGCUUUUCUCAUUCCCUGUGAUAGUAAUUCAGUGUUAAUGUUCACAGUAUGAUUUCAAAAGAAUGAAAUAGUUCUCCCACACCAAUGAAGAAUGUGUCAGAAAAUAAGGUCACUUUAGGUCAAAAUUAUUUGAAUACUAGGAAAGAUUAUUUGUUUAGCAGCUCAUCCCAGUUAAACCAUGUUAUGGCUUUGCUGUUCCAUACGUUUCAGGUUCGCACAGUUGGUCUCUCUAUUGUGUGUGUGGAGAUCUGAAGUGGGUUGCUGAAAGAGCAGCCAGAGAAGUGAGGAUACUGUGAAAAGGGACGUUAGCAUUGGUGAGAGUGUGAGGGAUGAGUCCCAGAAAGCUUCUUCUGGAGGAGGGAGAAUAGAAGGGAAUGAUGAAAUUCUUGCCAUGUGCUGAGGAGGUGGAUGGCAUGGGGUGACAGCUUUCCAGAAGGCAUCAGGCAGAAGGAGCCCUGGUGAGAGCUCCUUUACAGGGACUUGAAAUGCUUUAGGGAUCAGAGCUCCAAAACUCUGGAUUCAGCUGCCCCGGUACCCUAGAGGGUCCACUGACAUGGGAAAGUAUUUUGGAGUGAGUUUUUUGAGACAGAGUAAAAGUUCUCAAGAGACUCUGCAAGGCCUGACCCUGGAAUGACCAUGGAUAUUUUUCUGCCUCCAGUUUGGAUCAACUGGAAUAUGCCCAGGGACCUUGAAGAAUGGCUCUACUGCUGUCUUUGCAAUGUUGCUCAGUGCUUCAGUUAAUUCAGGUGUUGGAGGAGCCUAGUUUUGAGAGGCAGAUAGACUUGGUUCAAGUCCCAUUACUAGUUGAAUGGCCUCAGGCAAGUCACCGCAGAUCUAAGACUAUGGUUCUUCAACUACAAAGUGGAGAAAAUGAUCACAAAGGUCUGUUCCUAUGCUAAAAAUCUCCAUGAGGCCAUGGCCCAAGUCUUUGUCUCUGCUUGUCCCUGGCAUUUAGUAUCAUGCCUGUCAUAUAAUGUUAGCUAUUAUUAUGAUUACCAUGUAGAUAAAAAAUUAGGUAAAAAAAUUCAACUGGGCAAUGACUUAAGAAGGGAGGGAAUAUUGUAACACAAAUUUAAACCCACUACUUGGGGAUGAGGUGCUAUAAUAUAUGAGAACCUCUUAACUGCCACCAUUUUCCUGUUUCUUGGAGUAUUUUAUCCUGUAAUGAAAUAUACGGCAUUCCCCUUCCCCAUUUUUAAUGUAUAUGAAGAAGCCUUUUAACUGUUUAUUUUUUUAAAUGUGGGGAGGAGGUAAGGGAUAGGCAUCUUAUGAUUCCAGACAACAAAUUUUGUACUCUGGUUGAUUUUUAAAUGGACUUCCAUUGCAUGAUUUAAUCAAUCCAAAGAAGGUCAAACUCAGCAGUGCCUGAGUAACAAGGACUGUUGAAUUUACACUGGCACUUGUGCCACUUGCUGGCUUCUUGGUACCCAAAGUUCUUCAAUCCAGCUUAUCAGAUUGUAUUUGAAAAUGACAGAGCUGGAGAAGUUUUAGAGAGGGCAGUAGCAAAUAAAUAAAUUUUUUAAAAAUGGAAAGAUUUAAUCUAAUGUAAUAAAUGGUUCUAUUUUCUAACUGGAACAGUAGGUUUACUAAAGAUGAAUCAUACUUGAGAUUUUUCUUACUCACUCUGAACAGAAACAAAGUAGAAAUGUUAUAUAGGGAAGGACGUUUUCACUAUUAGUAUGAACCAAGAAAUGGCUUAAAAACAGUGGUUGGAGCAAAGGUUUUAUAGUUUCAGAUAUGGUAAUUAUGAAGAAAACAAUGUCAUUUGCUGCUAUUAUUGUAAAAGUCUUAUAAUUAAUGGUAUUCCUGUAAUUUUUGAUUGUGAGCUUACUAUUUUGGGCUAAGCAUGCCAAUUUAAAGAGACCAAGUGUACAUUAUGUUCUAUGUAUUCUGUGAUAAAAUUACUAAACUACCAUA